AAGUCACGGAAAAUUUCUCCGAAAACGUCUCUCUCACUCAAUCUCUCUCUCUACUCCGUCAUUGUCACCAAUUUCCAAUACAUCACCAUAACCAUCUCUCUCUCUCUCUCUCUCUGCGAAAGCUCUAAAGCUAUAUAUAAAACUGUGAGCAGAGUGCUCUGUUUCAGGUUCUGUAUACAAUGGCGGGAAACGACUGGGUGAACAGUUACUUGGAGGCGAUCCUGGACGUCGGUCCGGGCCUCGACGACGCCAAAUCGUCGCUGCUUCUCCGAGAACGCGGUCGUUUCAGUCCCACUCGUUACUUUGUCGAAGAGGUCAUCACUCGCUACGAUGAGACCGAUCUUCACCGCUCCUGGGUUCGAGCUGCCGCUACGGCGAGGAGCCCGGAGGAGAGGAACACGAGGUUGGAGAACAUGUGCUGGCGGAUUUGGAAUUUGGCUCGCAAAAAGAAGCAGCUUGAGGGAGAAGAAGCUCACCGUAUGGCGAAAUGGCGUCUUGAACGUGAACGAGGCAGGAGAGAGGCAACUGAGGAUAUGUCAGAAGACUUAUCUGAAGGAGAGAAAGGAGACACAGUGGGCGACCUUUCAGCUCAUAGUGAUAGCAAUAGAGGAGGAAAAAUGAAAAGAAUCAGUUCUGCUGAUGCGAUGGAGAAUUGGGCUAGUCAACAAAAAGAGAAAAAAUUCUACAUCGUGUUAAUAAGCCUUCAUGGCUUGAUCCGUGGCGAAAACAUGGAGCUUGGUCGUGAUUCUGAUACUGGUGGCCAGGUCAAGUAUGUAGUAGAACUUGCCAGGGCCUUAGGUUCAAUGCCUGGAGUUUAUCGGGUCGAUUUGCUAACAAGACAAGUGUCAGCUCCAGAUGUGGAUUGGAGUUAUGGGGAACCAACUGAAAUGCUGAAUCCAAUAAACUCUGAGAAUUCAAAGGACGAGCAUGGGGAGAGUAGUGGAGCUUAUAUAAUCCGCAUACCAUUUGGCCCAAAAGAUAAAUAUAUUCCAAAAGAAAACCUUUGGCCCCACAUUCCCGAGUUUGUUGAUGGUGCACUUAACCACAUUAUACAGAUAUCCAAAGCUCUGGGAGAGCAAAUUGGAGCUGGGCAACCAGUUUGGCCCGUGGCAAUUCAUGGACAUUAUGCAGAUGCAGGUGACUCUGCUGCUCUUCUAUCUGGUGCUUUGAAUGUCCCAAUGGUAUUUACCGGUCACUCACUUGGACGAGAUAAGCUUGAACAACUUUUGAAACAAGGACGUCAAUCAAGAGAAGAAAUAAAUACUACAUACAAAAUAAUGAGACGGAUAGAAGCAGAGGAGCUAACUCUUGAUGCCUCUGAGAUUGUUAUAACCAGCACUAGACAAGAGAUAGAAUCGCAAUGGCGCUUGUAUGAUGGCUUUGAUCCAAUACUAGAACGUAAACUGAGAGCAAGAAUCAAAAGGGGUGUAAGCUGUCAUGGCAGGUUUAUGCCUCGCAUGGUUGUAAUACCUCCCGGAAUGGAAUUUCAUCAUAUUAUUCCACAUGAUGGUGACGCAGAUGGUGAAGGGGAAAGACAUGAUGAUAGUUCUACUUCUCCUGACCCGCCAAUUUGGUCAGAGAUCAUGCGUUUCUUUACCAAUCCACGGAAGCCUAUGAUACUUGCCCUUGCCAGGGCAGACCCUAAAAAGAAUAUUACGACCUUAGUCAAAGCAUUUGGAGAGUGUCGCCCACUGAGGGAACUUGCUAACCUUACACUGAUAAUGGGAAACCGUGAUGAUAUUGAUGAAAUGUCCAGCACAAAUGCCUCCGUGCUUCUUUCCAUUCUUAAGCUGAUUGACAGAUACGAUCUUUAUGGCCACGUGGCAUAUCCAAAACACCACAAGCAGUCUGAUGUUCCUGACAUUUAUCGUCUGGCAGCAAAAACAAAGGGUGUUUUCAUCAAUCCAGCUUUCAUUGAGCCAUUUGGACUUACUUUAAUUGAGGCAGCAGCUUAUGGUCUACCUAUUGUUGCCACUCAAAAUGGGGGUCCUGUUGAUAUUCAUCGGGUUCUUGACAAUGGUCUACUAGUUGACCCCCACGAUCAGCAGUCCAUUGCGGAUGCCCUUCUGAAGCUUGUUUCGGAUAAGCAACUUUGGGCAAGAUGCAGGCAGAAUGGACUGAAAAACAUUCAUCUUUUCUCAUGGCCAGAGCAUUGCAAAACAUACUUAUCUCGCAUUACCAGUUGCAAACCAAGGCAGCCACAAUGGCAAAGAAGUGAUGCUGAAAUUGACAAUUCAGAUUCAGAUUCACCUAGUGACUCUUUGAGGGAUAUACAAGAUAUAUCUUUGAACUUGAAGCUCUCAUUGGAUGGUGACAAAACUGAAGGGACUGGUGCUCUUGAUAAUGCUUUAGAGUCUGAUGAACGUGCCGCUGGAGGGAAGAUUAAGGAGCAGAAUACUGUUUUGACAUUGUCAAGAGGUGUAUUACGGGGAAGUCCAAAGGCUGGCUCAGCAGAGAAAGAAGACAAUAAUUCUGGGGUUGGUAAAUUUCCGGGAUUCAGGAAAAAGAAGUAUGUAUGUGUUAUUGCUGUGGAUUGUGAUACAACAUCAGAGUUUACUGAGAUCAUUGAGAAGGUUGUUGAGGCAGCAGGGAAGGACAAGGAUGCAGGAUCUAUAGGAUUUAUACUGUCAACAGCCUUGGCCAUAUCUGAGAUACAUUCUCUUUUGAUCUCAGGGGGUUUGAGUCCGUCUCAGUUCGAUGCUUUUAUCUGUAACAGUGGUGGCGAGCUCUAUUAUCCAUCUUCAAGCUCUGACGAUAGUCCUUCUGGGCUUCCCUUUGUGGUGGAUUUAGAUUACCGUUCACACAUUGAAUAUCGUUGGGGUGGAGAAUGUUUGAGAAAGACAUUGGUUCGUUGGGUUGCUUCUUUCAAUGAAAAAAAAGGAGGGCAAACUGUUACAGAACACAGAUCAGGAUCAACUAACCAUUGCUAUGCGUACAAAGUGAAAGAUCUGGCAUUGAUUCCCCCUGUUAAGGAACUCCGGAAACUCAUGAGAAUUCAGGGUCUCCGUUGCCACGUUAUAUAUUCUCAAAAUGGUACCAGGCUGAAUGUUAUCCCUGUUUUGGCUUCUAGAUCACAAGCUCUCAGGUAUCUGUAUGUCCGUUGGGGCUUGAACUUGUCAACCGCUGUUGUCUUUGUGGGAGAAUCUGGGGACACGGAUUAUGAAGGCUUGCUUGGUGGGUUACACAGAACUGUCAUACUUAAGGGAGUUAGUUGCGGUGCUCGUAAGCUUCAUGCCAACAGAAACUAUUCUUUAGAAGAUGUAUUCCCAAAUGACAGUCCCAAUAUGACUCAAAGUGAAGGAUGCUCCCAAGAAAACAUAAGAGCAUCGCUGUCGAAACUAGGGAUUCUCAAGCGGUAGAACAACCCCAGCUCAUGCACUUUCAGUGCUAGAUUCCACAUUCUCUUUAACCGGCCUUCUUGAACUGCAAAUUACUCGAAAACUUCUUCUUUACAGUACUUGUAUUGUUGGCAUUUUUGCAACAGGAGCAAUUUGGAUGCUCUGCUUUUAAGCGUGACCCUUCUAUGCUAGGGAUCAAACCACUUGUUUUAAUUUUCUAGUUUUGUUCAACAGCAAAGGCAGUGUUGCUGUUCUCUAUGGUUAUAUAAGUGGAGAACUGACCUCCACUGUUGCAUAUUCUCAUUAUGUAGAUGUCUCUCUUACAUUUAACUAUGUGUUUUGCAAUCA